UGUAGGGCUGUGAUAAAACGGCGAAAAACGCGAAACCUAAGUGUGCAAGUUUGAAUGCUGCGUGUACCUUUUCCCAGUAACCAAAACCGUGCCAAACAACCGUGUGUAUUAGUGCCGUAGUAUUAGCGUAGUGCAGCUUGCAACCACCGAUCAGUUAUUAUUCUAAGCUUUUGCUGUUCCUGCCAGUGUUUAGUUAGGAGUUUAUUAGUCUCAACGAGAACGCUUUCUGGCAAAAGCGACACAUCAGUGAAAAUGUGUAAUUGCUGCAAAUGUAUUUUCAGCUGCUGGGAAGAUUUCUACUGGAACUGCAUCGAGGAGAAAUUCUGCUUCGACGAAACGUUAGUCAACUACGAUCCAGAUGAGGACGAGCAUGUGGCCAAGAACAAGAACAAAAAUGGUUUCUAUGGCAACAUCGGCGACUCGGCGGAGAACAACAACGCGCCGAUCUGUCGGCAGCCGUCCGGUGCUGGUAUUGGUCGCAACAUGUCCAACAUCAGCUCCAAAAUCCACGAGGACGACCUACGCCGCGAGAUCCAAACCAACGUGCCGAUGCUGGCACCGGAAGUGAUGGCCAUCUUCGCUAAUUCGCAAAUUUUCCAGUCCAGCGCGCCCCCGAAGCAACCCACGUCGAAGGCGACCUCACCGACGUCGGUGAAGUUUGCCAUUUCCGAUUCCGGUUCACCGAUCGAGGUGACACCACCAACCGUAACCGGCAAGCGCUCCGUCGAUGAACCACCGGUGACCGAUGACGCCGGUGGCCGGGAGCUGAGCUCCGAUAAACUCCUGCAGCGGCUCGAAGGAAGCAUUUCAGACGAACGGGACAGCCGGAAGGUAGUGAUUCCGGCCAUCGUCGAGGAGGAGGACGGUUCGGACGACCAGUCGCAGGAGGGCGAAGUGGUGCUGCGGCCACCUCGCAACUUCUCCGAGCUGAGCCUUUCCAAAUCGCUCGUCAGUAAUAAAACGCUGAGCCAUCUGCAGGCGGAACUGCCGUACUUCUCGAUUCGGCCGGCCAGCGAAAACGACAUCUUCACGAUAUCGUCCGGCGUCGGGGGUGGCGUUGGCGGGGGUGCUGGUGGUGGCGUCGGUGCAGCCGGUGGCAGCACGUACAACUCCAUCAGCAUGACACCGGAGGUGCCUGCCAUCUCGUACUCGAAUCUGCCGAAGAACUACCUGGAGACGCCCGUCAUCGAGAAGUACCGGGAGUCGGUUAGCCUGUACUCGAUUCAGACGGCCGGGAUCAACCGACAGUCGCAGACGGACGACCUGUCGAUGCCAAGGUACUACGGCAAAUCGGAUCUGUUCGUGGCUGGCAUUGAUCGAGCGAACAGCCGCAGUGUGGAUGCGGUUGAGAGAGGUCAAUCGGAUGACGGGGGAAGUAGUGGUUCGCUGUCGCUGAGCAGUGGUUCCUUGGCGAAGGGUCGUUCGCGGAACGUGGAACGCAGCAAACGAUUGAUGAACCUGCGCACGGCGUUGCCUCCGCUGAAUCUGGGCCUCAUCCGGGGCAGUUCGGCCUCGAACUUGCGCGAUCGGCGUGAGGAUCGAGAAUCGAAGGAACGCGAUAAGUCGGCCAAGUCCAAGGAGGGCUUGCGAGUUUGACCGGAGGUGGUUACUUAAGCGGGCUUAAGUAAGCUGUUUUAUUUGUCUAAAUGCGGCAUGUUGCUUAAGUGGCGGGAGACUGAAUCCGAGUGCCAAGAUGCGAGAAAAAAAAACACAAACCAUCACCAUUAGUAAAUGAUUGUUGCGUAGCGGUGUUAGAUUUAAUUUUAAACGUUUGUUGUCCUAGUUUUUUAAGAGCACGUUGGAACCUUGAAUGUCAACGUAUUCGUUCCAUUUUGUAUAGUGUCGUCUUGGGCAAAUUUCAACGAAAUAAUUCCAUAUUUAAACGUGUAAGAUACGCUACAAUAAGUACUGGUAUUAAAUACUUCAAAACAUUAUGCUGGCAAAAUCCGAAGGAUGGUUAAAUCAAUAUUUUAUCAGUAUUUUAAACGUUGGACAUGAAAAAAGAAAGAGAGAAGAUUGUAUCUAGGGCUAAGUCUGAUGAUAGUGUUGCAAAAAAGGGUAAAUCAGCUGAGAACAGUAAACAGCUUCAUUUAAGUUUCAUUGUUAGUUAAGUUGGCCAGAAAAGAAAUGCGAGCUAAGCUGUUGGUCGUUGCCUCAAUAAAUGGGGCAAGAACGGGACAACGUGUCCGGGGAUACCCCGGUGUUUCACGCCGUGCUUACUGCAUAGCCGUGCCCUACUACUUUUGACAUUUGCCUGGUCAGAUAGCGGUCGUUUGACUGGAACGAAAGUGAACUGAAGGUUUGAAUAAAUAAAAAUACUGAGAAAGAAGU